AUGACUCCCACCCUAACACCUCCAAAUGAACCUGACAAUAUCAUUGUUCUCUCUCCCUCCCGCAACACGCCCGAGCCCACAGGUCCCUGGUCGUCACCAGCGAGCGCCCAGAUCGUCCCCGAGACACCUCUUCUACAGCAGUCCUCAUCCAACACUUUUGGUAGCACGCCAGACUUCACAGACGCCACAACUCAAACCUUCGACGACUAUUCAACGCACAUCUCCACCCUGGACCUCACACAGCUGCGUCGCUCUCGCCGCCAAGCUAUGACUGAGCUGGAGAACAGCACAGCUGAAGUUAAUCGUCUCUUAGUUUCCGGCCAGAUUCUGGAGGCAAUCAAGCUUACAACCCAGGCCCUAGUUAAGCAGGCAGAGCAUGAUCUUGUCGAGGCAAGGCUGAAGCUUGUGCAAGCAGAGAAUAAGGCUAGUAAGGCGAUCCGAAAGAGGACUGUUGCGAGUUGGAUCAUCGGUCUUAUUGUCCUUAUGUUUGCGAUCUGGUCUCAAUACGACAGUCCGGACCGAAUAUACAUCAGAAACACUCAGAAGCAAUUCUGGGAGGGAAGGGAUUGA